AUGUUUAACAGUACAUCUAAAGUUCAGUAUCUUGUUCUAGAUGACAACAAAAUCACAGCUGUACCCCACCUUCUGCUCCAAGAAGUUAAAUUGUCUAAGUUGAAAUGGCUUGGUUUACGAGACAAUAAGAUUUCUGACAUAAAUGGUGUUGCAGAUGAUCAAUUCCUUCCUGGAACACAGAUUCUUAAAGAUCAGUAUCAAUCUCUGUUUCCUCUUAAUAAGAGUGCUGUUGCAUUACCAAAACUUGAAAUGCUUGAUUUAUCUGGAAAUCGCCUUAUAGAAUUACCAGAUUACUUUUUCACUGCAUUGCCAAGAUUGAAAGAACUUUUCUUGGACAACAAUUUUAUUAGUGAUGACCACAUUAAGAUAAAUGCUUUGACAGAGUCUUGCAAAGCCUUGGAAGUUGUGAGACUGGACAACAACAAUUUAAAAACUGUCCCUAGUUUUUUGUUCCGACCGCCUAACAUCAGAUAUAUUUCGUUGAAUCAAAACCUACUAACGUUUUUGGAGAGUGGCACAUUCUCAUCAUUAACCAACCUCACUGAAUUAUAUCUUGCUACUAACAACAUUCUAACGAUUGAAGAUGGGACAUUUCCUAGUUCUUUAAAUGUGCUUGAACUGCAAGAAAAUAAAUUCAGCUUCCUGGACGAAAAUCAGUUCAACGACAUGCCUCUGCUGACGCGCCUUGAUCUCAGUUCUAACAGAAUAUCAGAUCUGCCCGAUGAUGUAUUUGCAAACAAUGUCAAGCUUGAUUAUGUUGAUCUCGACAGCAACAGAAUUGGCUGGAUAAAUAAGGCUGUAUUCAGGGACACCCCCCUUGAAAGUCAAAUCACUGUAUCAAACAAUGAGUUAAAAACUAUCGAGCAUGGAACAUUCUCUGGCAAAGACUUUGUUGUGUUUUCAGCCGAUAAUAAUCAAUUGUCCUUCCUACCGGACGACUGUAUGUUUUGCAAUUUAACAGGUUCUGCCGUCAAAAUCAGCCUACAUCAAAACAGGCUGGAGUUCCUACACUCGUUCAUGUUCAGUAAUAUACCGAGUGUUCACAGUAUUGAUUUAUCAGAAAACCUCAUCACUGACAUAAUGGCAAAUUCUUUCAACAACAUCGGUUUGACGCACACAAUUGACCUGUCAGAAAACCCUGUCAAUGAGAUAGAAAGAUACAGUUUCAACAAGAUCUCAGGUAGGGGAGAUUAUUCGUAUCUAGACGUUACCAAUAUCUCACCCUACAAAAUUGUUAAAUCCUUUACUUUCAAUGAUGUCUCCGUCCGGAAUAUAGACCUAGCUUUAAACAAUAUAUCCAAGAUUGAGAAAGAGGCGUUUAGCAACGUGAAUGUUGCUGAUACCCUCGCACUAUCUGCUGUUCAUCUUAAGUUCAUCGCAAAACAUGCUGCAGUUGGAUACAUCAAAUACAUAAAUUUGCAAGAUAAUGAACUUACAAGAUUGGUACAAGGAGCAUUUGAGAAAACAACCUGUCAUGACAUAGAUCUAAGCAACAACAAGAUAAGCUUUGUUGACAAGAAAUCUCUUCCAGACUGCACAAACACGAUCAAGCUAGAUAACAAUCUUAUUCCCAGAUGGAUAAAAGACAUCAUCGUUAGCGGAGAGAAUCUCAAAAUAUUGUCCCUCAAAAACAAUAAAAUAAGGGAAAUUGAAGAAGGCGCUUUGUCUGCAGUGAGACAUAGCCUAACACUUCUGGAUUUAAGUGAGAAUGAUCUACCGUCCUUUGAGAAAGAUGUGAUUUCUAACUUUGCGGCAAUUGAAACACUGAAUAUUGGAAACAACAAUAUUCGAAAUAUAGAGGCUCAAACUGGUCUAGUAUCCUUGAAGAAUCUUGAUUUUUCUUCCAACAAUGGAAGACUAAAAUUCUUCAGUAAGAGCAUCUUCGAAUCCAUUGCAGCUGCCAAUACAACAUCAAUCACUGUAUCAAACACUUUGGCUAACCCCAUUCCUUGCUCUUGCUCAAAUUUUGAGGCAUUUUCACUUCUCUCUGAAAAUUAUCGUCUAAACUUCGAUAACAUAGAUUUCUGUGAAUUUGAGGGACGGACAUUUUCAUUCAAGAAGGGUCCUGAGGAUUACUUUGUAUCCUCAAUGAAACAGUUAUUGUGUGAACCACAAAUCUCUCAAUUUGAUCGUGUGACUACUAAAUGGGUUGAUGACUUACCAACAGAAGAGCGGCUUGAUUUGAAAUGGAAACUUUGGGAGGUUGCUCUGUGGAAUAAAGAACGUGCUUUUUGUUGCAAUGGUGAAACCUCAGACAAAUGUCUAACGGUCACCUUAUUCAGAGUGAAAUGUUACAGAGACGAUACUGAUGAACUGAUUACCGAGGAGAACGUCCCACUCAGCGGAGCUGCUGACUGUGAUUUCGAGUUCACCACCUCAAUAACUACACUUUACACUAACGUAUCUAUUGCUUGUAGUGUAGAUGUUACAACCAGUGACAAGAACAGUCCACCGUCCCCAUUUGCUGUGUGUCACCCGGAGAAUAAAGCCUCUGUGGCAGUGAACUGCCAGAAAAAGGAUUUUCCUCUCAGUGCUACUUUCUUUGAUUUUGAUAACAAUCUCUACGAUUUUCAAAACUCUGGUGAUGACGAUAUUGUAUCUGGUUUGUCUUUUGUUAAUCAUCUGUUAGGACCUUUUGUAUACACAACAUCCACUAGUGAUUCUGUCUCAAGAUGGUUCACUGUGAAUAGUGAUACUAAAGGCGUGCUCCAACAAGACGUAUGUUUAGACCGAAUUAAGAAGAAUCAGUACAAAUGGUUUGCUAGAAACUGGUAUCCUCUUGAUGAUCUAGUUUCGACUGGGAAUCUUGACAGAGAUAAGCAUUUCAUCGCUCACAAUCUGUACUUUACAGCUCGAAUAUCUUUCCCCCUCUUAAGAACCAGUAAUAAUCAGGAGAUACGUAUUGGUGGACCUGAUGAUGUUUGGGUCUUUGUCGGAGGUGUGCAAGUAUUGGAACUUUUAUCUGAAGUGGAUGAUGAUUCUCCCUUACCCUGCAGCAUGGUGGCUAUCACUUCUUCUGGUGUCAGUGUCACUCUUGGUACGCUAGACUUUGCUAGCUCCACUGAGAGGUGUGUAGCUUCAGAUGAGACAAAGAAUCAUCCUGAAAUUAUGUUCUUGGCUGGAACCGUUUACCCUGUUGAUAUUUUUCUAACCCAGCGGCGUUCACUAUCUUCAUCAUUGUAUCUAGAGCUGAAGAACAUAGAACCUAGUGGUUCACCUGCACCACGAUUUCGGUUUGAUAUGUCAGAAAGUAAACCACCUGGAGGCCUCAUUGCAAAGCUGGAUUUACUAAACGAUCAGGGGAUAUCAGGUCCGUAUACUACUAAGAUAACACUUGGUAAGGAGUAUUUUGUAGUGAAACCUCCAAAGUUCAGUUAUCUUGCUGACAUGACAGAAGAAGAUGCCAAUACAAAUCCAGGUCACGAUAUUCCUGCUUACUAUGACUGUUCUAAUGAAGUAACAAUAGCAGACCCACUUCCUCAGAAAGUAAACUCUUUACUUGGGGAGGAUUCGGACGACCUCCUCCUUAUCUUGAGAGACAGUAUGGAUUUCGACACGCUUGAUCGUAGAUCUCGAGAGUUUAUUCUUUCAUUUUCAGUUUCCAUGACCAAUUUUCAACUAGAAUACAGUUUUGAGACGACAGUACUCGUCACAUUAUUGGACUCAAACGACAAUUGUCCGGUUUUUAUGGACAGUUCUGAUGCUCCUAUGCUUUACGAGUCGCUGUAUGCUUUAUCAAUAGAAGGAAAAAGUAUCACCGCAACAGAUGCCGAUAGCUCUGAAAAUAAAGUGAUAAGUUACCAUGUUGGUGAAAUGAAACGUCCUAUUAACGAGAGUUUCUACACGUCUCAAAUAGACUACUAUCUCCACGAGAAAGUGUUUGUUGACUACACGGUUACAAUACACGCUGUAGAUAACGGUGAUAAGAAGUACGGCUCCUCCACCGAGAUACUCAUCUCACUCAGCACCAGCUGUAUCAGAGACCUCCAGCUCGUGAUCAACAAAACCACAGGUCUAUUCCUGACCCUAGCUCCAGGCUGGAUGAUAUCUGGGUACAACAGUUCGUAUUGUGAGUCCUGUACUGUUGGGUACAGAUGUCCGGGUGAUGGUGUCCGGAUUAGGUGUACUACUUGUGAACGAGAGUAUGAGAACACUGACUACACCUGGCCCGAGGGAGUAUCUAGAUCAGAACCAGGAUGUGAUAACCCCAGCAAGGCUGAGUUUAGUUUUGGUGGGUCUGCUGAAUGCCAGGAUUGUAAAGCAGGUUGGGUGUGUCAGGAAGGGAGGGGUAGCCCGGUGCUCGAAGACAUGAAGUAUGUGGAUAUGUGCACAAAUGGAAGCUGUAAUACCACAAUAAUGGACUGUGAACCUGGUUUCUCAUGUAUAGCUGGGGUUGCUGAACUCUGCCAAGUUGGGACUUAUAAUGACGGCACCUUCUCCAGAUGCCGACUCUGUCCUCCUGGUAUGUUUACUGACUCCACAGGCUCCUCUGCAUGCUCCUGCUGCCCCGAGGGCUCCGAGUCAAGUCACGGUAAGGACAAGUGUAAGAUGUGUGUUUGGAACGAGAUGUGGACAGAAUGUGGGGAGUGUAGACCUUGUCUGGACAGUGAGGAAUGUCGUUGUGUAGGUUCAGAGCAUGGCUGUUAUCAAGGCCAGCAGUGUGUCAACUUACCUGGGGAUAGUAACGUGUGUUUGGACUGUCCUGCGGGUUCUGAGCCGCUUCAGAGCUCUUGUUCAGAUGUGGAUGAGUGUGGGAGAUAUGACCCCUGUUUUCAGGGGGUAACUUGUAUCAACCUGUCUCCAGGGUUCAAGUGUGACCCCUGUCCCUCCGGCUAUUCGGGAACCAGCCCUCAGGGUAUUGGACGCACAGAGUCUCAGGAGUGUUAUGAUGUGAACGAGUGCGAGCUGAACAAUGGUGGAUGUGAUCCUAACUCACUCUGCAUCAACAUACCCGGAUCUGUUACAUGUGGCCUCUGUGCUCCAGGUCUAAUUGGUUCCGGAGAGACUACAUGCUCCAAUGGGAACCUCUGUCACCUGGGUAAACACCGCUGUGACGAUAAUGCCAUCUGUAUUCACACAGGACCAGGGUGCUACAGAUGUCAGUGUGAGCCACAGUUUGCUGGAGACGGUUAUACCUGCGGUCUGGACUCUGAUCUUGAUGGAUACCCGGACACACCCCUGAACUGUAACGAAACUGUCUGUGCGCAGGACAACUGUCCCCUGGUUCCUAAUCCUAGUCAGAUGGACAUAGACAGUGACAACGUUGGUGACGUGUGUGAUGGGGACAUAGACGGAGACAUGAUAGUAAAUGAUAUGGACACAUGCCCAAAUAAGGAGAUAGAAGGAGGGAGAGAUAGAGACAAAGAUGGUGUCCCGGACGUGUGUGAUAAUUGCGUGAAGGUAGACAAUCGUUAUCAGCAGGAUUCAGAUGGGGAUGGGAUAGGGGACCACUGUCAGUGUUUGGGCGCUGCCUGUUUCACUGAAGCAACAUGUGAAGAUACAGCUGAUAGCGACGGUGAUGGUAUCUACGAUGCUUGUGAUAACUGCCCCCUUGUUCCUAACUCAUUUCAGGGGGACCUCGAUGGAGAUGGCGUGGGUGACAGAUGUGACGAGGACGCUGACGAUGACGGAGUACCCAACUCUCUAGACAACUGUCCCCACCUCCCUAACCCUGACCAGACUGAUACAGAUGGUGAUCUGGUGGGGGACACGUGUGAUGAUUCAACCACAUGGCCCCAGGCGGUGUUUGACCGAGAUAGUGAUGGUGAUGGAGUGAUUGAUCUCCAUGACAACUGUCCUACUGAUCCCAACCUAACAACAGUUAACUUCGUACGCCAUUCUCAUAUGUUACUUUCUCCAGAGCUAAAAGAGGCUAUUUGGGUUGUGAGUGAAGGUGGGAGGACUGUGGAGCUCGUUUCGGCGGAGACAGGACCCACUAUCCUGCUGUCUCAGAAUAGAUUUGAAGACGUGGAUUACAAGGGAACGUUCUACAUCCCCUACUCGACAGAAGAGAGCGGCUACAUUGGACUGGUGCUGAGUUACCAGGAUCCGGGUAACAUGUACUUAUUAGUUUGGAGACAGGGGUAUAAGACAUGGUUACAUGGGGACUGUGGUCAGGACUGCUCUCAUCACCACGCUCAUGGGGGGACUACUGGAUUGCAAGUACGGCGUGUUCAUAUCUCUAUAACAGAUAAGGACACUAUAGAUAGCGGACUGUGGCUGAGCAGUGACAGUGAUGUUUCUACGUUGCUAUGGCAGGAUCCCAACCACAUUUCCUGGGGUCCGGGAACUUCUUACAGGUGGAUUGUAUCACACCGACCCUCAAUUGGAUCUAUUGAAGUACGGGUUUACACUGCUUCGGAGGGUUUGAUUGUUAACUCAGGAACGAUAUUCGAUUUAAAAUUGCUUGGUGGGAAAAUAGGAGUCUACAACUUCCACCAGUCACGGGCUACUUGGACCAACAUUGCUGUAAAGUGCGCUGAACCGGAGAGUUACGGCAUCUCUCUAUCUAAUAGUCACGUGACUCUCACCUCACUACAACAACUCAACCUCACCAACAACUUUAUUAUUAGUGCCUGGGUCAAGACAGCUGUUAAAGGGGUUGUCCAGCCUGUUUUAUGCACCUCUGAUACUGGAGUAUGCUUGUUUCUUGACGAGGAUUUAAAGAUUGUGGCCACACACGGUCAGACUACAGUGAAACAAGAGACACCCCUAAGUAUAGGAGUUUGGAAUCUUGUUGCUAUGAAAGUGGAUUUACAAGAAGGCACUAUCACUGUCUUUAGGGACAGAUCUGAAUCAUCCGUUCAGCUACAAGAGAACGAUCAGCCGGUGAAUACCUCACACGUAUUGUACCUGGGAACAGAUACGAGAAACAAUUUUACAGGGAAAAUGACGGACGUAAGGGUGAUUUCAAGAUUGUUAACAACAGACAUGAUCUCUGUUUUAACGAGUCCUAGUCUUGCAAGGGAGAGGAAAAUGGGUAUUGUGUCACUUCAUCUGACGUUUAGGGGCCGAGAAAUUCAAGAUCCUGAUAGCUCAAUCCAGGUAGAAGCCAGCAGUCCCUCGCCAGAAGUCGUGCCAGUGUUAAUUACGGGUUAUUUGCAUCGGGUCAGAGAAAACAAGUCUCAACUUAACAGAAGAAAAAGAAAUGUUUCUGGUUUUAAGAAAAGAAGGCUGGCGAUUACUGAUAUUCAGAUGUUUGGAAGUCAGAGGCGGAAACGGGAUAGAACUCUGAGGAGAUUCGGUAGUAGGGAGGAGCUGUAAAUAAAACUUUCCUCUGUCGAGAAAUUCCCAUAUUUCAGAGGAACAUAUUAUUGUUGAACUUUGAAUUUUGUCUGAUUUAGACCCCACCAGACUCCAGAGAUGUAUAUAAAACGUCAUUUUUAGCAAGUUGUUGCCGCCUAUGAUUAAAGAGAUAUUUUGCAAAAGAUAACUCUAGAUCGUGAUCACCAUUUUUAAGUGUUUCAUAAUUCAAUUUCGUUACAUUCUAAAUUAUUUCGAAGAAUUUGUAGCUUGCGAAUAAACGAUCUAUAGCGUAUGAAAUGAGGAAAUCGUUAGGUUUUAACAAUAAAAAGCAUCGUGCCGGCAAAAAUAUAGAAAAGUGGUAUGCUGUAACCACAAUCGAUCUGUUCUUCAGAAAAUUCAUGACGAAAUCUGAUGUCUUCAUCGUCAUUAAGACUCAUUUUUAAAGUUCAAGUUUAAAAUGUCUUAAUUCAAACACCUUGCUGUUGUUGUUAUCAUUGUUAAUGUUAUCAUGUGAACAUUAUUUUGUAAAUCCCUUUA